AGUCAUGAACCUUACUUGGUUAAGGCAUUAAUUGAUAUAUUAUCAGAUGAAAACAUUAUUAGAAAAAGCUUAGUUGAAAAACUUGGAAUAAAAUAUAGUAAGGAUAAAUUAGUAUCUGGUAGUGAUGAAGUUUUAAAUAAUUUUGUAGUUUACAAAGAACCUAAAGCUGAUUUUGUAUUAGGAAUACCAUGGUUGUGGUUGCAUGAAACAAAAAUUGAUCCUUAUAAUGAAAAAAUUUCAAUUUAUAGUAAAGUGAUAUCAUUCUACAAGAAUCCAUCUUAUGAUUUAGAGAGCGAUAUAUCUAGCACAGAUAUUUCUUAA